AUGGACACAGAAACUGGUUACAACACAAACCGAAUUCCUUCCUCGACUCUCUUUCGUAAACCGGUUGGCUCAAUCGAUUGGAGUGUAGUCUCUGACGCAUCGAGUUUUAACCUAUACAUGGAGAAUGUUAGUCUCUAUCGAGAACAUGAAAUCAUUUGGUUAGCAGAUGCGUUAAAAUUGGAUGAAACACAUAGAUCGAACGAAUUGGUUAGCCAAAUACCCGAAACAAACUCGGUUGUUUCCCUUCUCCCGGUUAUGGAAUCACAAGACUCUGAGUGUGAUGAUGACAUCAAAGGAGAAGAACACAAAAUUUCAGUUGCAUCCGUUAAACAAGAUGAAGAACAAGAAGAAGUAGAAGAUGUUAAGGAAAUUAUACAAGACGAUCCAAGCAUUUGUUGUCGUUCAGACAGGAGCAACAACAGUAUCUCUUCUUUCACAUUCCCAAUACUGCAUAAUGAAGAUGGAAGUGUCAAAACGCCGACUAUGGAAUCCAGACGGAACUUUUUUGAUAAGCGGCUGGAACUGUCUCAUCAGCCGCGUUCGCAGCCACAAUUUUACUUCAUCCCAUCAACUCAUACGCCGAAUCACCUACCGCCACAAAGGAAGUCGUCGUUUUCAAAGCAAGCCUCUGAAACGCAAUCGCAAAAAGCUUUUCGGAACCGCUGGUUCUCUUGCUUUUUUGGUCCAUUUUAA